GGUCACGACCACCACACGUAUUCUGAUCUAUUUCUUUUGUUUCAUCGUAAUUCCUUGUGGAGGAAGUAAAGGUUUGCAGAGCUGUGAUGUUGUGGUGACAGUUCGAAGAGGAACAGCAUUUGCUUUUUCUCUUCACCAACAUGCGGAGGUCAAAUGUCCCAUCCAGCACUGCGGAAGGACUGUGCAUGUCGUCUGGUGCAAAGUUCUGGACACAAGUGAAUGCGAGAGUUUGAAUAAUUCAGAUCACAUUCAGAUAAAUCAAAACAUGCUGUCGAAUGAGAAGAUGGAGUCUGUUUUAACAUUCAAAAGGAUCUCUGUAGAGGACAGUGGAUUGUACGCAUGUAGAGAACUGAAUUACGGAUCAAUAGGCCACACAAUAAAAGUCAAUGUUUCAGAGACAAACCAAAGGGGCAAAGAUCAUCCUAAAAAUUCUCCAGAAGAUCAAAACGUGCCCAGUGAAGAUGACAUGAAGAUGACCGCACUCGUGUAUUUUAUCAGUUUUCUUUCUAUAGCUGUGCUCCUACUCACAAUUACAGUCAUAACCCUGCUCAGACUCUACGUUUGCAAAUCGAGACCAAGACGCCAACCAAAAACACAUGAGGAACGACCAUCACAUUUGAGACCAGGCCUACCCAAAAAAAGUCCUCCAGUUUUACGCCAGGCCUCGUGCAUCGUGAGCAACAUUUCAAGUUCGGUAAUAGAAGAACCUCCAAAUAACUCAGAGAGGGCCAUCGGGAGCCAGGUUUUAACAGGUUCAAGUGCAGCUGAAAGUCUAACAUCUGGUGUGUACUCAAAAAUCGACCGCACUAAGUCGAAGAAAAGUUUUCAGCAUCAUGCCUCAACUGAAGUUACCUGUGAAAUGAGUGUAAUUAGUGUUGUCAGUUCUGAAUUAUAGGUACAGUAGAAUAAAUGGGGAAAGCUACUGUAUAAUAUCAAGUUUUAAGAUUUUUUUUUUUUUUAUUACUCAACUACCACUGAACUUUUUCCAACCAUCUUUCCAUCUUUUCAGCUAAAAGGCUCCAUACAUUUUUCUACUUCUUGUUUUGUGUACUUCAAUAACCUUUUAAUCAAACCUACAUAACUACCUGGAAAUAGCAAAUACUGAUAUGUUUUAAAUACGUACUCAACUUACUUUCUUUACCCGACUGGCCGGCCUCUUUUCAGAUAACAUAACGUAAAAUUGUACAUACUUUUUGCUAUGAUUUGACUAUUUGUGUCAUCUGUAGCUUUCUGUCCUGUUUUGAACCAUGAUUUCAUAAUGUUACAAUCCUUCAACAAAAACAUGUAUUCAAAAUAAAUUCA